AUGGGAAGGAAUACCAGCAUGAUGACCAAUUUUAUCCUUUUGGGAUUUUCAGAGCAUCUAGAGCUAAAGGUUAUCCUCUUUGUGUUGUUUCUGGGGAUCUAUUUCAUGACUCUGGCUUGGAACCUGAGCCUCAUUAUCCUGAUCAGGAUGGAGUCACACCUCCACUCCCCCAUGUAUUUCUUCCUCUGUAACUUGUCCUUUGUUGAUAUUUUAUACACCUCCUCCAUCACUCCUAGGAUGCUCUGCGACUUCUUCAAGCAGCAGAAGAUUAUCUCCUUUGUGGGUUGUGUUGCUCAGUUUUUCUUCUUCAUUGGGAUGGGAGCCACUGAGUGUUUUCUUCUAGCAGCCAUGGCAUAUGACCAGUAUGCUGCUAUCUCCAACCCUCUGCUCUACACAACCCUCAUGUCGCCAACCAUCUGUGUAGGUAUGGCCAUGACAGCAUACGUUGGAGGAUUCCUCACUGGAUUAGUCCAAACCAGCUCCAUAUUCUGGCUCCAUUUCUGUGGGCCUCUAGUCAUUAACCACUUUUUCUGUGACCUGCUGCCUCUGCUGAUCUUGUCUUGUUCCAGUACCUUCUUCAGCCAGGUAGUGAACUCUUUUGCUGUGUGUGCAGUUGGUGGGACAUCAGCUCUUAUUAUCCUGAUUUCCUAUGACUACGUUAUUGCUGCUGUCAUGAAGAUCCAUUCAACCCAAGGAUGGAUGAAGGAUUUCAACACCUGUGCCUCUCAUCUGACCACAGUGAUUCUCUUCUAUGGCUCUGGUCUCUUCUCAUAUCUCCAUUCUAGUACUGGCUCCUCAUGGGACCAAGAUAAAAUGGUGUCCAUGUUCUAUGGAGCUGUGAUUCCCAUGCUGAACUCCAUCAUAUAUAGUCUGAGAAACAAGGAAAUCAAAGACGCAUUGAAAAAACUCAAGGAGAGAAAGAAGCAGAUGCCCUCUCUUUGUCUUAGAGUUCCUUGA